AAAUGUAAAACAAAUAAUCAAGUAGAUUAAGGUAUAUCGCCUGAUUUUGUUUAAAAACAAACAGUACAGACCUGGACAAGCAGGAGGAACUCAAUAACACAGGGAACAGCUCUUGACAGCAUAUUUUCGUAAAGAAAAAUGCAUUAGAGCAAGCUACAGCUAAUGACGUAAAAUAACUGCGUCUUCCCCUGUUUGUUGCACAUUGAGAGAUGGCUACGGUGUCUGUGAGUGAAGCAGAAAAAGUCUACAUAAUGCAUGGAGUGCAGGAUGAUUUGAGAGUCGAUGGUCGAAGCUGUGAAGAUUACAGAAAUAUUGAAAUAGAAACUGAUGUUGUGUCUAACACAAGUGGCUCUGCUAGAGUAAAAUUGGGUCACACAGAUAUUCUUGUAGGAGUGAAGGCUGAAAUGGGAUCACCCAAGUUGGAAAGACCAAAUGAAGGCUAUCUGGAAUUUUUUGUGGACUGUUCUGCCAAUGCAACACCUGAGUUUGAAGGCAGAGGAGGUGAGGACCUUGGAACAGAAAUUUCAAACACACUUUAUAGGGUGUUUGACAACAUGACUAGCAUUGACCUGAAAUCACUCUGCAUUAGUCCCCGUGAACACUGCUGGAUUUUGUAUGUUGACGUUUUGGUACUGGAAUGUGGUGGAAAUCUGUUUGAUGCAAUCUCCAUCGCAGUAAAGGCAGCUCUCUUCAAUACCAGGAUUCCUAAAGUGCGGGUUCUGGAAGAUGAUGAAGGAUCAAAAGAGAUUGAACUGUCAGAUGACCCUUUUGACUGUAUUCGAUUAAAUGUGGAUAAUGUUCCCUGUGUUGUGACAUUAAGCAAGAUUGGUCAUCGACAUGUAGUGGAUGCGACUGCUCAGGAGGAGGCCUGUUCCAUGGCCAGUCUGCUAGUGUCUGUAACCAGCAAAGGAACAAUUACUUGCUUUAGGAAAGUGGGCUGGGGAAGUCUGGAUCCAGAGAGUAUCUUUGAGAUGACAGAGACAGGAAAACGAGUUGGCAAGAUUCUGCACACGUCUUUAAGCAGCAUUUUGAACAAAGAAGAGAGUCUGGGGAAGAAGCGACAGAAAGUUGGAUUCCUUGGAUAAUUUUGUGACAUCUGGAUCUGCAGUUAAAUAAUUUAACUUUCUUUUUUGGGAAGGAAGCAUUCUGCAUAUCUUAAUUCACAACAGUAUGCUUGCAUUAUGUGAACAGAUAUAUCCCUACUGCAGCUGUGUACAAACCAAAACAACCAGUUCUUUUUUCUUACUCCACAUAAAGUCAGACUCCUUGCCAGUUUUAGAUCUCAGCCAUACAACUGCAGUGUUUGCCAUGUUGUGAACUAUCAUCAGAUGUGUCACGCUUCACACUGAUGGUCAUUACUUGCAAUUGAUCAGUUCACCAUUAUUUUUUCUGCCUAAUUUUAGCAGCAUCUUGUUUAGUAUGUACAGUAAUAUGGCAGCAUGGUACUCAUUUAUUAAUGGAGAUCUCCAGAUUUGCCAACAUUUGGAAACUGUCUUUAAAUGGGUCAUCUUAAAAAACGUUAA